AUGUCCUGGCAACCAAAGCUUCGCCCCAAGGGCUAUCCUCAUACCAUUGAUGAUUUUGCUGUGGCUUCAUUGACAGAGCUGGAGCAUCGCUCGCGGACGAGCGAGGAUAAACGCGACCCACGCGUAUUUCGGGUCAAGCGCAAGCAUGUCCUAAAAGCCUGUGACCGGUGCCGCGUCAAGAAGACAAAGUGUGAUGGGAAACAGCCUUGUAACCGCUGCUCAGUGUACAAUCACCCUUGCCUUUUCCGUGAAAGAAAGGCUACCCAGACCAAGAUCUAUUCCCGCGGAUUUGUUGAGAUGCUUGAAUCGCACCACUCACUGGUAGUCAAAGCCUUGCAGAAACUAUACAAACUCUGUGUCAGCAAAGAGGGCUUCCCAGGCGAAGCACUAGCAGAAGCACCAGAUGGCCACCCUCUGACACACGCCAUUCUCGACCGACUAGGUCUGAUCAAACAAGCCGAGGAGAACGCAGACGAGCCCGACGAAGACUCCGAGGAUCUGAGAUACCUUCGGUUGCUUUCCACGUCCACCGAAUGUAGCGCCACAGCCGAGCCAUCGCCGGAGCCUGCCACUCCCCCAGAGCCGUGUCUGACGAUAAUGUCCCGACCCUCCGUCUGCAUUCCAAUAUCAACUCCCAUGACCGCGCGCAGUAACUCUAGCUGGCAGUGGGAUAUGCAAUCCCUUCAGCAGACCCCGUACAACUACGCAGAGGCCGGAUAUCAAGAGAUGAUCACCAUGCCACGAUCUUCUAUCGGUGGGCCGGAUUUGGCAUCGACUGAGAACCUUCCCAACGUGGACCUGACCACCAAAUCCUCAGCCUCCAAUGGACAGCCACUUGAUCAGUCGUUCGCCUAUUACCUUGCCGGAAGUUGCAGUACGCAAGAUCACCAGGAAUCCAAGGCCGCCAUUCGAAUGCACCCAGGUAUCAUGCCUAAGGCACAUAGUCAUUCUCUGGGCAAUAUGUCCAAUGACAUCCUUGGUGAUUUCCCAUUCCAGCCUCAAGAUAUUCCCUUCUAUCCUGGCUUCACUCCAGGCUGGGGCUUCCCCUCGGGAUAG